GGUUUUUAUAAUCCUUACACUUUCUUCAAUCAAACUUUUCUCUUUCUUUCUUUCUUUCUUACUUUUACAUAGACCUAUUUUAAUUCAUUCUUGAAAAUGCCUUUUACAACAACAAUGAACUCUAAUAAUCAAGACAUGUUUGCUGCUACUUGUUGGCAAAAAGUUUAUUUGGAAGAUAAAAACCAAUCAAACUCAACAGAUGUACCAUGGAAUGAAUUCAACCAAGACUUGAGCUUUUUGUAUACAUUAGAUAAAGACAUAGGCAGCACAAGUAAUAAGGCUGUCGAACGCAAGUAUUCAGAUACUUUCGUAGCCACAACAAUCGAUCCAGAAUCACCCUCGUCCUCUAUUGUGACAGAGGAUGUGAUACUUUUCAACCACCCCUUUCGACGCUAUUCUUCACUGGAACUAGAGUCAGAAACCACAAGUCAGUUUGGACUCGGGUACCAUCCACCACCUCCCAUGCAUCCUUAUCAAGUUCAGCCCACCCUUACUUAUUUUAGCCUACCAGCAUCAGAUACAUCGUUCUCUCCAUGUCAAAUCAGCUGGCAACAAAACACAUUUUCAAAAGACACGCUUGUCUCUCAUGCUUCCAACACGCCCAUAUGUCAAGCAACAAAAAAGCGCUGUGUAGAAGAUGUGUCACCUACUAUUGUACCUAGUUUCAGUGAACCUAUUCCAAUCAGCACAGAUCCUUGGGCUCCAUCAAGUAUCUAUCGUAAACGAACCAAGUCUGUUCGUGAACUCAAUGGGUUUACUGCUUGUGAUAGUCAUGGCAGCAACACACAUAUGCUCUAUCCAUCGUAUAUUCCCACUCAAGAGAACGAUAGCAUACCUUAUACUAGUUCCCCCAUGGUGCCUACACCACCAUCCAUCAUCACAGCAACAGAAGAGAAGCAAUCCUAUAUGUUGCCCAAUAGUCACUUUGUAUCAGAUGGUAUGCCACGUCGUCAAAAGCUUCGUUAUGAUGGAGACUAUUACACACCUAAAUGGGUUCGCUAUACAGGUCAUCUCAAGGAAGGCUACUGUGAUAGUUGUCAUCCUGGAAAAUGGCUACAGCUCAAAAACAGUGCUUAUUGGUACCACAAGCAGUUUUGUCAUGGAAUUUCUUCUGUCUCUGGCAAACCAUUCAUGAAGCCUUUAGACCAACGUAUGGGCAAAGGUGACAUGAUUGAAGGCCUUUGUCACCAAUGUCGUCACUAUGUACCCGUCUGUAACGGAAAAAAGAAGAACAACUACAUGUUAUGGUAUCGCCACGCUCAUAAGUGUCACUUGUAUGAAAAACCAAAAGUAACACCUAAAAAACCUUCGAGAAGAUUAUCUGAUGAUGAUGCUUCAUGGUUAAAAUAAACUUUAUGCAUUGACUUUUUUUCUACUAUACAUGUUACGCCUUGGUCUUUGUAGGCGAGGCCUUGCUUCGUCCCAAGGACCAUGGAUUUCACUUGAAAAG